CUGUCACAGCCUUAGUUGGUUUCGAUCACUUGCUUCUUGCCAGGAACUAGGACCUAUUCCAUCCAGCCUCUCUGUUUCCGUCCCGCCUUGGCACACUUGACUCCAGCUAGACUGGCAACUGAGCCUUUUAGUCUCGACUUUGACCCUUGUGCCUUGUCCUCCCUCUUGUGACUUCAGAGCGGCACACACAUUAUUUCCCCGUUAAUUCUUUCUCGUCACGCCCUGUCCGUUCGCCAACAAAACAACGACUAGAAACAAAAACCCAGCAACACCCGCCAACUCUGACAGAUAAUGGGAAACAUAUGCGGCAAGCAGAAAGCCGACCCGUUCGCGCAGCCGGGGCGCCGCCUCGACUCGGCGCCGGCCCAGAACACGUCUGCCGCUGUGCCGGCCUCGGUGACGGUGGGCUCGCCGGGGUCACCGAGCAGCCCCGGGCCCGUGUCGCCGUACCGCACACAGUCGUCGCCGACCAAGGUGGGCGGGCCACCGCGGACGCUUGGAGGCGGCGGUGCCAGCGCCGGCGGGGCGAGCCCGAGCGCCAGCGGUUCGGCCGCGCCUGACAGUCCUAGCGACGCGCGGAGGAAAGCCGCUGCCGCUGCCGAGGUAAUUAUGACAAACAAAAACUAUAACUCUUUACCUAUUCCACAUGCACAUGCAUACGCAAAGAAGAGGAAAAAGAAAUAUGCUAACACCAUCCGACCAGGCACGCGCAGCCCUCGAAGCGCAAAAGAAGAAAGGCACCGGCAAGAUCAACAAGGCGUCGUCGCAGAGGCGCGACACGCUUACGGAGCAGCAGUUCAGGGAGGUGGACGAGAACGACCGCAACCUGCGGUACGACUAAGUCUACACUACCAACACUAACCUAAACGGCAAUUCGUUUCCCAACGGGCCCCAGCUAGUCGGCCAGCCAGCGCAGCGCAGCGCAACGCAGCGAGCCC